AUGCCCGCCGACAUCCCGCCCGGCCGCCCGGGCAACCUUACGGCGGAGCAAGAAGCCAAGCUGCGCGAGCUAUGGGCCGCCCUGGCCAAGCUGAUGGGCGUGCUCGAUAACGAAGGCGGAGACAACGAGGCCGACAACGAUGACGGGCCGGCCGACGAAAGCGGCAGCACCAAGGACGCCAAGGACGGCAAGAAGAAGAAGUCGCGCCUGCACGUAUUCAAGCGCAAGCACCACGAUAAGGACGGCAAGAACAGUGCCGGCAGCAGCGACGUCGACUCGGCCGCGAGCAGCACCGGCGGCGUCGACGUGAGCAGCCUGAGCCUGGGCGACGACGACAAGCACGGCCAGAACAAGGCGUUCAAGGCCGCGCUGGCCGACCUGAGCCCCGCCGAGCUGCGCCAGGCCGUGUGGAGCAUGGUCAAGCACGACAACCCGGACGGCCUGCUGCUGCGCUUCCUGCGCGCGCGCAAGUGGGACGUGAAUGCCGCGCUGAUCAUGCUGAUCAGCACCAUGCACUGGCGCGCCACCGAGAUGCACGUCGACGACGACAUUAUGUGCGUCGGCGAGCUGGGCGCCAUCGAGCAGGCCCGCAGCGCUGACGCCAACACCAAGAAGGAGGGCGACGACUUCCUCGCCCAGCUGCGCAUGGGCAAGAGCUUCCUCCACGGCGUCGACAAGGAGGGCCGCCCCAUGUGCUUUGUCCGCGUGCGCCUGCACCGCCAGGGCGAGCAGAGCGAGCCCAGCCUCGAGCGCUUCACCGUCUACACCAUCGAGACGGCGCGCAUGAUGCUGCGCCCGCCCGUCGACACGGCCACCAUCGUCUUCGAUAUGACGGGCUUCUCGCUCGCCAACAUGGACUACACCCCCGUCAAGUUUAUGAUCAAGUGCUUCGAGGCUAACUACCCGGAGUCGCUCGGCGCCGUCCUGGUGCACAAGGCCCCCUGGGUCUUCCAAGGCAUCUGGUCCAUAAUCCGCGGCUGGCUCGACCCGGUCGUAGCCGGCAAAGUGCACUUUACGAAAAACACGGAAGAGCUGUCCUCCUUCGUCCCGCUCUCACAAAUCCCCACCGAGCUCGGCGGCACCGAAGCCUGGUCCUACAACUACGUCGAGCCCGCAGCCAACGAAAACGCCGCUCUAGCGGACAGCGCUACCCGCACCGCCAUCGAGGCGGAGCGCGCCGCGCUCGUCGAGAAAUACGAGGCCGCGACCCUGGCAUGGAUCCAGCAGGCGGAGGCGGCGCCUGCCCCGGCGCUGAAGAAGGAGCGCGCCGACUUGGCCGACGCCUUGAGGGAGAAUUAUUGGCGGCUUGAUCCCUACGUGCGCGCGAGGUCGCUGUAUGAUCGCACCGGCGUGCUGGGCCAUAAGGGCAAGCUGGAGUUUUACCCCAAGAAGGUCGAGACGAGCCAGGACGAUCUGGAUUGA